AUGGUUUUAACAGUUACUAACAGUUUAAAAAAUGCGCCUGCUGCAUUUGUGCCUCACGAGGGAAACACAGUCAACUGGUACUGUUGCGGUCCAACUGUGUACGACGACUCCCACUUGGGCCAUGCAAGAAGCUACGUUGUUUUCGACACUAUUAGAAGAAUUUUAGUCGAUUUCUUUGGUUACCACGUCAACUUUGUUCUCAACAUUACCGACAUUGAUGAUAAAAUAAUAAACAAGGCAAAAGCUUUAGAAACAGAUGUAGAUGUAAUCGCCAGAUACUAUGAAGCAAAGUUUUUCCAAGCUCUUAACAAACUUAAUUGCCUGCCACCGUCGUCUAUUUUGCGUGUUACUGAUUACAUUCCAGAAAUAGUCAGUUUCAUAGAGCAAAUAAUCAGUAACGGGUACGCUUACGAAUCAAACGGGUCAGUUUACUUCGACUUGACUAAAUUCAAAAGUUCAGAAAAACAUGAAUUUCCAAAACUGCAGGUUCACAGUGACUUGAACUCUUUAGAAGCCAACGACGCUUCUGGAGAAAAGCGUUGCCCGCUUGACUUUGUUCUUUGGAAAGCUGCAAAGCCGCACGAGCCGUUUUGGGACAGCCCGUGGGGCAAAGGACGUCCGGGAUGGCACAUUGAAUGCAGUGCACUUUCCAAUUUAAAGUUGGGCAAUCCUAUCGAUAUACAUUCGGGAGGAAUCGACUUGAUUUUCCCGCACCAUACGAAUGAGAUCGCCCAAUCAGAGGCUUUCCACGACGCGCCAAACGUUUUUUUGAAUUUCUGGCACUGUGGACACUUGAACAUUGAAGGCAGUAAAAUGUCGAAGUCGCUGAAAAACUUCAUUGCUAUCGAUAAGAUUCUCGAGGAACGGCCGAUUAGAAUGCAAGUUCGAUCCGCUGCAAAAAAACUGCUCAAGAUUCCCGACAGCAAGCCUCUUGGCAUGGAACUAAUGAGCGUUAGCGACCAGAUGCGUCAGGGUUUGCUCGACAAAUUCGCUAUCAAACUGGAAGAUACAGCUGGCUCGUUUACAUGGAAAAAAAUAUAA